AUUUUUGUAACAUAUAUAUUCUAGAACAGAUUUUUAUAUUUACAUUAAAUAAAUGAAAAACAAACAAACAAAAAAACUACCAUCUAAUUUCAUUUUAUAAAACCUAAAAAGCAAGCUUUCAUUUUUUAUAAUUUAUAAAAAUAUAAAAAUAAAAUGAAAACAAAUAUUCUGAUUUUGGCACUUGUAAUUUUAUCUUACUUCAUAGGAGAAACAACUGCUAUGGGCUUUUACUAAAACUAGCUCAAAGGCUAAUUUACUUAGAUUCCAUGUCUACAUAUUGAGGAAAAAAUAAAAAAAGAAAGAACACAAUACCAUGCAUUUAACUAUUGUUUAAGCAGUAAAAGAUUCAUGUUUUCUAUGAAAGAUCUAUCAGGAUAUGAAUAUUAAUACUAAUCUCCUUGUAUCCCUUCAGGCCAAAGGAGCCAUUUGCUCAAGUAUAAUUAAGAGGAUUUCUUUUAUGGCAUAUCUUAAGAUUGCUGA